UUAGCGGUGACCCGUCGCUCCCUCGGUUUUUGUGGCAGUCGCUCUCCGGUGCGCCUUGGAGACGGACGACAAGCGAAACGCACAAAAGAAGAAGAAGAAGAAGAAGAAGCAGAAGAAGAAGAAAAGAAACUACAGUGGCGCCUCAUUAGAUUUUCUUUUUUAGAAGUGACUACGAUUUUAUUGCAUUUCUAUUCCCACGGAAAAUUAUCCAAUCCCGGAAUCCGCUGAAGCCGCUGGUAAACGAUACUCAGUUAAACACGGGGUUAUUUUUAGUCGCCCACCGCAGAGAUGAGUGGCUGGAAGCCGGCUGUGAGAGCGAGCAGUGCUACGCUGUGGUGAGUGAAGACCCCCCACCACCACCACCACCUACCUCCCCACCGUCGCACGGUGGUGUUCGGCAAGAAUGAAGUCGAGGCGAGAUAAACUGAAGAUCCCCUCUCUGACUCUGGAUUUGUCACCCACUUGCCAGAGCCCCACCCUCCUGAGCCCAUGCAGCCCCUGCAGCCCCUGCAGCCCCUUACAAACCCUUCAUCCCUGGAGCUGUCGCAGCAGCAACAGGAAGAGCCUUGGUGUCGGGACACCAUCACCCACGCUAUCCCGGCCGCUUUCUCCGCUGUCUCUCCACACUGCUGCAAGCAGCCCUCUAGACAGCCCCCGAAAUGUGUCGACCAGUGCCUGCCUCAACUUUCCAUUUGCCCGAAGUCACUUGGCUCGCGCCGACAGAGCUGAGGGCCGGAGAUGGUCCCUGGCAUCCCUCCCCUCGUCUGGCUAUGGAACCAAUCCGCCGAGCUCCACUGUCUCGUCCUCUUCGUCCUCCCAGGAGCGUCUUCACCAGCUUCCCUACCAGCCGACACAAGAUGAGCUCCACUUCCUUUUCAAACACUUCCGCAGCACAGACAGCAUGACGGACGAGGAUGGACGGCCCUCGACUGUCAUACGUCCUCGGUCUCGGAGCCUCAGCCCAGGGCGAUCGAGCGUUUCCUACGAUAACGAGAUAGUCAUGAUGAACCAUGUUUACAGAGAGCGUUUUCCAAAGGCCACAGCCCAGAUGGAGGAGCGCUUGUUGGAGAUUGUCACCCACUGCUCUCCAGACAGCUCCCUCCCGCUGGCUGACGGGGUGCUGGGCUUCAUCCAGCACCAGUUGGUCGAGCUGGUCAGAGACUGUCUGGACAAGUCCCAGAAAGGCCUGGUUACUUCCCGCUACUUCGCUGAGCUACAGGAGAAGCUGGAGAAGCUGCUACAUGAGGCUUUCGAGCGCUCUGAAAGCGAGGAGGUAACCGUCAUCACCCAGCUGGUGAGGAAGAUCCUCAUCAUAAUCUCUCGGCCGGCUCGCCUCCUCGAGUGUUUGGAGUUUGAUCCGGAAGAGUUUUAUCACCUUCUCGAGGCGGCAGAGGGUCACGCUAAAGUCGGCCAGGGAAUCAAGACGGACAUCCCGCGAUACAUCAUCAGCCAGCUUGGUCUGACAAGGGACCUGUUAGAAGACAUGGUGCAGCUUGAACAGUACGAUACAAGUCCUUCAGUGUCAGUGGAAACGGAUGCUACCGUGGAGAACAAGGCUCCACAGACGCUGACACCAACUCGCAGGAAACCUCUUGAAAGUGAUUUUGAGACCAUCAAACUCAUCAGUAAUGGAGCUUACGGGGCUGUGUAUUUGGUCCGCCACAAGGAAACCCGCCAACGGUUCGCCAUGAAAAAGAUCAAUCGCCAGAACCUGGUCUUGAGGAACCAGAUCCAGCAGGCGUUCGUGGAGCGGGACAUCCUAACCUUUGCUGAGAACCCUUUCGUUGUCUCCAUGUUCUGCUCCUUUGAGACACGACGUCACCUCUGCAUGGUCAUGGAGUAUGUAGAAGGUGGAGAUUGUGCCAAUUUGCUCAAGAACAUGGGCCCACUGCCUGUAGAAAUGACACGGAUGUACUUUGCUGAAACAGUCCUGGCCCUGGAGUACCUUCACAACUAUGGCAUUGUGCAUCGGGAUCUCAAACCUGACAAUCUAUUAAUAACAUCCAUGGGCCACAUCAAGCUGACAGACUUCGGCUUGUCUAAAAUCGGCCUGAUGAACAUGACCACCAACCUGUACGAGGGUCACAUGGAGAAGGACACGAGAGAGUUUGUUGACAAACAGGUGUGUGGCACUCCAGAGUACAUUGCCCCGGAGGUGAUCCUCAGGCAGGGCUACGGGAAGCCGGUGGACUGGUGGGCGAUGGGGAUCAUCCUCUAUGAAUUCCUGGUUGGCUGUGUCCCGUUCUUUGGAGACACUCCUGAAGAACUUUUUGGCCAAGUUGUCAGUGAUGAAAUAAUUUGGCCUGAAGGGGAUGAUGCUUUACCAGCCGAUGCCCAGGACCUGAUCACCCGCCUACUGAGGCAGAGUCCUCUAGACCGACUGGGAACAGGUGGAGCCUCAGAGGUCAAACAGCACCCUUUCUUCCUGGGUUUGGACUGGAACGGACUCCUGCGCCAGAAAGCUGAAUUCAUCCCUCAGCUGGAGGCGGAGGACGACACCAGCUACUUUGACACUCGAUCAGAACGCUACCAUCAUUUGGCGUCUGAUGAGGAUGAGGAAACCAAUGAUGAAGAGUCUUCCCUGGAAAUCAGACAGUUUGCUUCCUGGUCACAUCGUUUCAGCAAGGUUUACAGCAGCACAGAACAUCUGGCGACACCUUCCAACCUGAGUUUCUCCUCCGACCGCAGCCACAGUGAAGACAAGGAGGACCGCGGGGACAUGGGAGGACUCAAUCUCUCCACAGGCCCAGCAGAGGGCAGCGUGGAGCGUAGACAUGCUGGACGCAUGGCCAGCCUUCGCCCCCGGGCCUCUUCCAGCUCCUCCCAGUCUGAGAGGAGCACCAGCCCUUUGGUGAUGAGCAGCACCCACAGCCUGGAGACAAUGCCCCGCUUCGCCCUCUCCACUGAUGAUGAAGCUGAGGUGGUUGUGUCAAACCUGCGGAGGAUCAGGAUUCGCAGCAACAGCACCGGGGCCAAGCACUCAUCUCCCAAGGACCCGGCCGGCCCUCGACGCUUUGGUAACCAGCUGGAGACACCGGACAGGCAGAGGCUUCCCUGCGGAGGGAAGGUUCCCAAGUCAGCAUCCGUCUCAGCCCUGUCCCUCAUCAUCACCACAGAUGACUCGCCCGGCUGCCUCCAGCCCAGUCCCAUCUCUCCACGCUCACUGUCCUCCAACCCCUCAUCUCGUGACUCCUCGCCCAGCCGGGACCUGUCGUUCGGCGCCAGCAGCCUGAGGCCGCCCAUCAUCAUCCACACAUCAGGGAAGAAGUUCGGCUUUACCCUUCAGGCCAUCCGGGUCUACAUGGGCGACAGCGACGUCUACACGGUGCAUCACAUGGUGUCGAGUGUGGAGGAGGGCAGCCCAGCGCACCAGGCAGGUCUGCGCACUGGAGACCUCAUCACCCACAUUAAUGGGGAGUCUGUCCAGGGCCUGGUCCACCCUGAAAUGAUAGAACUGCUGCUGAAGAGUGGCAGCAAGGUGACGCUUCAGACCAUAGCACUUGAAAACACGUCAAUCAAAGUGGGUCCUGCUCGGAAGACCAAACACAAAGGCAAGAUGGCUCGUCGCAGCAAGAAGAGCAAGAGGAGAGACAACUAUGACAGGCGACGAAGCAUCUUGAAGAAGCUGUCCAAGCAGAGCACAGUGAUGCACAGCAGCCGCAGCUUCUCUUCAGGUCUGCAUCACUCUGUCUCCUCCAGCGAGAGUCUUCCAGGCUCUCCAACGCACAGCCUCUCCCCUGGCCCGUCCACUCCCUGCCGGAGCCCUGCACCUGACCAUCAGGCAUUUGAAAAUAACUCUCCUCAGAGCACAUCCCCUUGCUCCAGCUCACCCAGUUCUCCUGCAGCACACAUCCGACCUAGCUCACUCCACGGCCUGGGAUCCAAGCUCAGCACUCAGCGCUACACCAAGGUGGGCCGCCGGAAGUCGACCAGCAACAUCCCCCCCUCGCCUCUGGCCUGCAACUCCUCCUCAUCCACCACCCAGCCCCUCUCUCCGCAGCGCUCUCCCUCCCCGCUGCCGGGCUUCGCUAAAAGCCUGCACACUUACCAUGGCAAAACCCUGUCACCACCCACCAUUGUUAGACACAUUGUCCGUCCCCGCAGCGCUGAGCCGCCCCGAUCCCCUCUGCUGAAGAGGGUGCAGUCAGCUGAGAAGCUGUCUGGAGUGUACCAUGCUGAGAAGAAGUCUUACGCCCCCCGGAGGCACACACUGGAAGUGCCAUAUUAUGGCGAGGGCGAUCUACUGGGGGACUCCGAGGCAGAGGGUGCCUGUGGAGGCUCCUACAUCGGGGCUGAUCACAGCAGGCUUGGGGGCUACAUCGGCAGCCAGAGGAUGAGGGACUCUGGGAUUGAACGAUCCGAGCAGCUGGUCGUGAUGAGAAAGCUCAACCUCUCAGAGCGGCGUGACUCCUUUAAGAAGCAGGAGGCGGUGCAGGAGGUGAGCUUCGAUGAGCCGGAGGAGAAAACCAGCACCACGGUUACAGUGACCACCACGGCACCAGGAACCCAAACGCAACCUCAGCAGCACAGGACACCCUGGGUGGUCACUCGACCUCAGACGAGCGAGGAGGUGGAGCUGGAAGUGCCGGCGGUGAGGAGGUUCACCCUGGUGCCCCAGAUCGCCGUGCAGGGCUCGACAGAGAGCGAGGAGCAGGAUGAGUGGGAGCCGUGUUCAGACAGUGAGGAAACCACGGAGAAACCUGAGCUCGACGUCUGCGUCGCUUCAUCUCAGCAGCAACAGGCAGGACGUCAGCCGAUGGAAACCACUUUCACUGGUCCUCAAGUUGCACCAUCAUCAGAGAAGAAGGAUUGUAGAGAGGAAACUCCACAAAAAGGGCAGCUGAGAAAGUGACAGCUCAUUACAGCCUCUCAUUUCUUUUCUUUCAAGUCUUUCAAGUGUAACAUGCACCGCUGAGGGAAAAACUCCCAGGUGUCUUUUUUAGUCAGAGCCAGACGAACUAGAAGCUGUAAAGUCAUUUACAAACCUGUUUGGCUGAAUGAGAGUGGGAGAGGAUUUUACUUGAAAUUUUUUUUUUUUUAUUAUUGUAAAUAUUUGCCUCAAGGAUUUGCAGACGUUCUGGUCGUAUUUAUUACAUUUGUAAACUAUGAUGAGUUAGAAACAGGGAAAGAGGGAAGUUCUCAUUGGUUGAGUAGCUAAGGCUCAACAUUUUUGUAUCCUUGAAGUGUGGCUUUAUGUCUUUUGACUGGAUUUUUUUUUCUAUAAAUGUCUAUUUUUUAAAUAAAUUGUUGAGUAGUUUGAUAAUGCUGGGCAUAACUGUUGUAGGACCAAAAGGUACGAGAAGUCAUUUUAGAAAUGAAGUGCUUGUUUUUUUUCCCCCUCAGUGUCUGUUUGAAUAUGAACAGUGCAGCUUCCAGUGGUGUAAUACUGCCUCAGUAUGAUCUUCAUAAACCUAAGAACGACCUUUAGUUCACACUAUGAGCAACAUGCAUCAGUUUCUGGUCAGUUGUCAGCCAGACUCUGCAGUUUUAUCUACAAUAAACAACUUCAAAUACACAUAGAUUUUUGCGCCGCUUUGCUUCGGCAAUCAACAGCACUACAUCCUUCAGAACAAGGUUUAACACAAAAGCUGCCAAGCACUAAUUAGGCUGCAAAAAAAAAUACUCGACCUUGAAAGCUGUACAAAUCUGGAAAGCUUUGCACAGCUGGAAUUCUUCCAUUCUGCACUUGUCAGGCAGAACAAUUGUCCAUGAAUGUAGGAAAAAGACAUGCUGAACUGUGGUUGUUUGACAGAAGACAAACAUGAAAAGUUACAUUUUGUAGCCCGUGUUUUUCUGACAACUUUGUCAGAUUUGUAAAAAAUACAAGUACUUCCAGUGACUCAGUGAUCAUGUCCUCACAGUGUGAAUUCAGGGUUGCAGUGUUGUUUUUCUUAAGUGUGGAACCCAGUCGGGGCAGGGUAAUGCCACAUAUCACCCGGGUGUGACUUUAAAGUACAAUCUGUCAUGACGAUGUUAUGAAGCCGACUCAAAAAAGUUUUGUGCCAUGAUGUGAGUGCAGUGUCCUCUAAGCCAUAUCUUUGAAAACAGAAAUGUCAGUUCACUUGUGUUUGUAAUUUCAACUCAACACAAAGACUUUUGACAACAUCUCAUGAUUUAUGAAGUCGGGUUUGAAGCUCUGGAUGUUGUCCACUCAUGUUUGCGGCAUUUUUCUUCCUGCUCGCUUUCUGACAUCUGAAACACUGAUUCAGCACGGCUUCACGUCUUGUUGCAACAACUUGUUCUACUCAACAGCAUGGCAUCUUGUGGGAAAACCACAGAGUAGCCAAAUCGAGGUUGAAGUCUUCUUCAGAGCCUGGGAGGGAAUCACAGGAUAUCUUUUUGUUUUGUUAAAAACAUUUUGAUAUUUAUUUUUUGAACUUCACAUCUUGAACCUGGAAAGUGAUGCAUCCUUGUGUAUUUUUUUUUUCCUGAAACUGUAGCGUUUGUGUUUCUUAGUUUUUUUUUCUCAUGAGCAUGUGACAGACACCAAGCCUAAAAUGACCCGUUCCUACUUGCUUUACUGUGUAGUGAUGUUUACAUGGGGGGGAACAGUGCACUAAUGUAUUUUGACAUGACUUUUGUAAGUGAAUGUUGAGGAGGGGACACAUUUACAUUGAAUCCAAACCCAGGGCUUCUUUGAACAAAUGUUUUAUGUGUUUGUAUUGUACAAAUAUUGAUGUAUAUUUUGAUAACAAGGUUGUGUAUCAUUCCAGAUGUGUUGAAGGACAUGAUAAUGCAAAAUGACAAUGAUAAUUUGUGGCACCGGGACUUUGGGGAAGUCCAGCUUUAGGGUUUUGGCUGUUUUUAACGAAACACCUUGUUGGGAUUCAGAACAGUAUUUCAGUUUUUUCCACUAGAGAAAUGGAGUUUUGAGGUUGAUUGUCUUAUUUGUCAGUGGCUGUUGCUGGCUUUUGUACCGACUUUCUCUCCAGUCUUCUGUUUAUAUAGCAUCAGAUUUGUUGCCGUGCUACUCUUCCUCUUUAAAGUAGUCCUUGAAUCUCGUAAUGAUGACCUCAGGGGAUCCUGUCGUCGUGUCCGUGAACAGCAUGGGGGCAGAUCCCUGAGUGGUUCAGGUUAUUUUUGCAGUCUGACAGAAUUGUUUACAAUGAGCAAACUAUGUACUGUACAAAUAUUUUAUAUCCUGUGGCUGUAUAUGAUGAAAUUAAUCUCUUUGAUACCAUGGAAGGAGAUGACUCAUAGGAAUUACGUACGUUUUUGUCUUGUUUUGAAGAAACUGUUCUUGAGGAUUAAUUUAGCACCAAGCUGAGAAUUGAGUGAAUUUACAUGCACCUAAGUAACAGAGUUAUUGUAAGUUGGAGAAAGAAAAUCCUUGCUUAGCUGGACAAAGGGACGAGAAGAAAUCCAGACAUACCAAAUGUAUUUUCUGGUUUGUAACGUAUUUUUACAUGUUCACAUCUGAAUCAGAAAAAUACCAUAUACUGAAAGUAAAGCUGAAUUAGGAUGAAUACAGAAAUAUCUUUACUCUAGAGGUGCAUAUUGGUUACAAGUCAAACAAACUAAACCCACAGAUUUAAUACUAUUUGUGCAGUUCAGACAGGUACAAAUUGUACUUACUAAAAAGGCCUCAUAGUUAAAGAACACACAUAUACUACGCCAGUCUUACCUCUGAAAUCAGCUUCCUGAUUACUGUCUAACUAGAUAUAUUCAUACCUGAUUUCUCUGUAGAACCUGUUUUCCUACGCGGAUGUAAAUGUAGCUGUUGCUUUGCUGAUCUCCACUGGUUCAGAGUCUUGUGUCACAGCAGCGUCAGCCACUGGAGGUCAGCACAAACAACACUCACCUGGUGUUUAACUUACUCUUCUCAGAGCAAACUGGGCAGGUCAGACUGUUGUACAUGUGCAUGUGUUCUCCUGUGGACUGUUCUGUUCAGUGCAUGCUGCAUGACACAAGCACACAUCUGUAAUACUUGAUUGCAUGGUAUACCGGCGUUGUCGCCCUGUACUGUGUUUUCUUGUGCAACGAAUAAACUUUGUAUUUCUCUUUGA